AGCUAUAAAUUAUAUAAAUAUCACGUCAUUUUGUGAAUUGAAUGCCAUUGUUAGGGUAUUGAAAAGAACCUUGAAAAUAUAAAAUUUGUUGCACAUUGCGAUCCCAUUAAAUUGUAGUCGCGAUUUGAAAAGAGUUGAUUACCUUACUCAUGAGCUGAUUCGUCAUAUCAAAUAUAUCAAAUGCAAAUUAUUAUCAUAUUCUAAGAUUGUUGAUUUUAUUGAAUAAAGAAAUAAUAAAUUUUAUAUUAUUUUGAAUAAUAAUAAAUUCUCUUCUCUUCAUCUUGACAGGUAUUUGCAACUCGGCGGAAAUCAGAAAACGAACUAUGGAUGGUGUUACAAGCCUAUGGCGAACGACGUCGUCUAAAAAAGGGUGAUGCUGUUCCAUAUAAUGCCCAAAUUCGACUUGGCCAUAUUGUAUCACGGCGUAAUCUACGCUCACAUCCGGACUAUAUCUCUCCCAUAAGCAAUCAACAAGAAGUUAUUUGUCACGACGAAAAUACCAGUGAUUUGAAUGAUAACUGGUUAGUUCAGAGACAUAGUUAUACCAAUCAUUAUGAUAAUUCUGGAUACUGGCUGGCUGACGACGCGAUUACAUUAAGGCACAUUCAAACCGGGGCGACCCUGCACAGCCAUAGCAUAAUGUUAGACAAUGACGAUAAUCAAGAAGUUACGUGUUAUGGGCCAGGACAUGAGGAAAACGACAAGUGGAAGGCCGAACAUAAUGAUAUAAAUGAUUUUAUUAGAAGUUCAUAGAAUAAAAAA